UCAGUAUUAAACUAUAAUAAUUAUUAUCGAUCAUGUCGGAAAGCCCGAGUGGGUCAUUAUCUCCUUCACAAAAUGAGAAAAACAUAAUCGAUGAUUCAACACAAAAACAAGGGGAUGGAGACAUGGACGAAGAUAUCUCAGCUCGUAUGACAGCGUCUUACAGUGAAAUAUCAUUUAAUUCUGAUCAUGGACAGGGAAGUGACGACCAAAGAAGUGCUGGGCCCUCAAGACCCUAUGAUUUACCAUCUGAAAAUCGUCGACAAGAUAAACUUCCACUUGACAUAGGUGGCCAUGUACGUUACGAAGGUGAUAUGACACACUAUGUUGCAGACGACCUUGAAUUUAAAAUAAAACUCUCUAGUCCCAUUGCUAAAAGAGGAGAGACUCCAGUUUUUGGUAGUUCUAGUGUGUCCAGAUCCAGUACUCCUUCUGGUAAAUUAUACCGUCAAAUAUUAGCUCCACAAAUUGGUCAAAUUGAUAUAACAGUAUUAAAUGACUUAGAAUAUGAAGCUCAAAAAAUAGCUCAAUCCGUUGACAAUUUAAUAGAAAAUUUGUCAAAUAUUUUGCAUGCUAAUUCAUCACUUACUGCAGAGAAUAUGGAUGUAUAUAAAGAUGCUGUAGGUAAGACAUGUGAUGCAAUGGACAACAAUAUAAAAAGUAUGUAUACCAUAUUAGCAAAAGGUGAAGAGGUUUCUCAAGCCAUGAUUCCAGUUCAAGCGCAGGCAGCAAGAAUUGCAGAGAUAAAAAGAUUAUUGCAAAUUUUUGAGAGCAAUUUUUAAGCACAUGUGGAUGUUUCCAACUGAAAUCCUAAUGAAUUAAAUAACAGAUCUCUUUAUCAUCCCUGAAGUGGCCCAGAGAGAAGGAAAGUAAUAAAAACAUUUAUUCUGAUAUUCCUACAUAAACUUUGCAAGAUAUAGCUGCUGCUUGAAGCACAAAAUUGUCAAUGAGAGAUACUAAAAUGGUAAUAGCAUCCAAUAAACAAUUAUUAUUAAGAAAUGUGGAUAGUUUUGCUAACAAGGAGCAGUAAUAAUAAAAUAUAUCUACAUUAAGAGUUUGUUGAAGUAGAUUAGCAUAGUAGUAUUAACUUAGCUUUUAAAUCUAUACUACUGGUCAUUGUUCUCACAGUGCAAUAAUAUAAUCCAUAAGAAAAUGCUGAUCCAUAAGGUUUCUUUUAUACAUAU